UCGAUCAGUCGCCGAACUGUCGCGGUCACGCGGUGAGCUUUGACGGACGUGGAUGGUCGUUUGUAGCUGAUAGUUGAGAGAAAGUGACGUGCUUUCGUAACUCGUCGCGGUUUUUGCGCAAAGUCUACGCCGCGCGUCCGUCGUCGACCUUAUUAUCAAUUCAUUAUCAAAGCGGACGAGGCUAAAAAAAGAUAGCUCGAACGUACCAUGCUUCCAGCACGCGAGUGUAACCUCUUAGUUUAGUUGCAACUUUGCUAUUGACACGACACUCGGUUGAGUAUACUUGUGCUGGUUGAGUAUAUUAUUUUGGCGACCAUCGACUCUCUAAAAUAAUGGCAUUGGUGCAGAAGCUACAGAUACUAUCCAAGUCCUUUUUCGCCCUUACUCCGAAUUACGCCAAGUGCACGGCUAAUCAACUGUCCUCCGCGAGAAUCGCGUCUACCACGCAACCGUUGUGCAAAAAGAAAGAGAUUAGUAUAACAUUUAUUAAAGCCAGUGGAGAGAGGAUUAAAGCAAAAGGGAAAAUAGGAGAUAGUAUUUUAGACAUUGUUGUGAACAAUGACAUCGAUUUGGAUGGUUACGGUGCUUGCGAAGGAACAUUGACAUGCAGCACGUGUCAUUUAAUUUUUCCUAAGGAUGUUUAUGAUAAUCUUCCAAACAAACCUACAGAUGAGGAAACGGAUAUGUUGGAUUUGGCAUAUGAAUUAACAGAUACAUCAAGAUUGGGAUGCCAAAUCAUAAUGACUGAAGAAUUAGAUGGUAUUGAGGUGAGAGUACCAUCUACCAUUAAUGAUGUAAGGAGUUCUUAAUAGACAUGGUAAUGCCGGUAAGGCAUCAAAUUGGGGCUUCAUACUUAAUAAAAUUUAAUCUGAUAAGAUUCCCUCCAAAGUAAUAGCAAAGUUUCAUAUUAUGUAUAUAGCGAUAAAAAAUUGUGUCCAAACUAUCAUAAAUUCUCCUUUUGUAAUAUUUUUCUCAACAAAUUGUAUAUAUUAUAAUCAAAUAAUAUGUACGUUUAAUUGUACAAAUAUUUCGUGCAAAAAAGUGUAUAAUAUCGUGUUCUUAUUAGAUCUAUUCUCAAACGGAAAAAAAAAACCAGUAAUAUGUAUAUAUAAAUUUUAUAGCAUUUUUUAAAAUAAAAAAAACUUACUCUCCGUUUUAUUUAGUAUGAUGGUAA